UGCUGCGUUUUAGGAGCACGGGCUGCCAUGGAAGGGCAGCCGUGUCCCCCAGCCUCUGAGCCCCCCUUUUCCCAGAGGCUCUCCCCCCUUUCCGAAGGAGAUGAGCUUGAAGGUGAAGAAGAGCAGGAGGAGGACACAACCGGGGCGCAGCCAAGAGAAGAGCUGGGGGAAGGCUCCCCGGAGCGGUUGGGGCAAGUUUCUCCACGCCGCUCGGGACGGUGCUGCCGCGGGCAGGGCUCUCUUGCCCCUCGGGGUGCAGGCAGGCCCUGCCAGAAGACUGGUGAGGAUGAGGGGGCUUCCCCGUGCCACCAGGCGCUGGGGGAGCUGCGGCCGUGCCGGCGGAAGCACCGCUUGUGCCUGAAGCCUGAGACAAGCCGGGUACCCGCAUCCCCGGGACGGGGGGAGAGCGUCGAAGAGCCAGGGCCCUCCCGGGGAAAAAGGCUGCGGUUGAUCUGGGGCCGGAUGGGUGACUUCAGACAGAAGGAGAUGGAGAAUGGGCUGGAGGAGGUGCCGCGGAGCAGCGAGGAAGAGGAGGAGGAGAGACUGUCUCGGUCCUGCUCCCCUGAGCUGCCCCUUUCUGACGAUGCCCGUUCGAAGCCGGACUUUGUACAGCUGAUCGACGAGCGUGGCAUCUACUCCACCGCCAAGCUGGUGCUGGGGAGCGCGGUGGGCGAGCUGGAGGAGGCGGCAGCGGGGCUGCCGGCCCACCCAAAGCGUGGAGCAAGCGGCAUCAGCGAGCUGGAGAUCCGUGAGGUGAUCGUGGAUGAGAAGCCCUUCCAGUGUGGAGUCUGCGAGAAGGCCUUCAAGCGGGCCUGGGAGCUCUUCAGCCACGAGGUGGUACACAACGAGGAGCGCCCCUUCCGCUGCGACCUCUGCCAGGCCUCCUUCAAGCGCCACUCAGACUUCAAAAGCCACCGGCUAGUCCACACGGAGGAGCGACCCUUCCGCUGCGAGCUCUGCGGCAAGCGCUUCAAGCGCUCCUCCAACCUCCAAGAGCACCGGCGCAUCCACAGCGGCGAGCGGCCCUUCCGCUGCCCCCGCUGCGCCAAGAGCUUCAAGACCCCCUACGAGCUGCAGCGCCACGCGCUCACCCACUGCGCCGAGAAACCCUUCAAGUGUGCCGACUGCGGGAAGGACUUCCCCACCUCCAACGCUCUCCUCCUCCACCAGCGCCAGCACUGCGAUGACAAACCCCACGUCUGCGGGGUCUGCGGUAAGAAGUUCACCUACGGGCACAGCCUCAAGGUGCACGAGCGGGUGCACACGGGCGACCGCCCCUUCAUCUGCCCGCUCUGCGGCAAGGGCUUCAAGCAAUCCAACGCCCUCUCCUCCCACGAGCGGGUGCACACCGGCGAGCGCCCUUUCGUCUGCAAAACCUGCGGCAAGGCCUUCAAGCAGUCGUCCUACCUGGUGAUCCACGAGCGGGCGCACACGGGGGAACGCCCUUACAAGUGCGAGGUGUGCGGGAAGGCCUUCGCCCGGCCCUCCUUGCUCCUCCAGCACCACCGCGUGCACAGCCAGGAGCGGCCCUACAAGUGCAGCUUCUGCCACAAGUUCUUCAAGGACCUGGCCUACCUGGCCGUGCACGAGAAGGUGCACACGGGCGAGACCCCCUACAAGUGCAGUGUCUGUGACAAGGGCUUCGCUCACCCCUCCAACCUGCUGCAGCACCAGCGCGUGCACCGCGACGGCUGAGCCCCGGCGCGGCGAGCGCAGCCAUGGUGUUGCCAGGCCGCGGCGGCUGGAGGCAUGCCGCCACCAACAGCAGACGAACGCCAGGCUGGGAGACCCCAUACGUCUGCCCGAGGAUCAUCGUGGACCUCCGCAAACCUGCGGAAUUUCUCCUGAGCUCCGGCCCUUUGCCAAACCUGGACCUGUGCCGUUGUCUCUUCCUCCCUUUGUGGGGGGUGAUCCCAGCCGGACCCUCCCCGAGCCCGUGAGCCAGGGUGGCUGCAAGCUCCUGGCAGGCCUGCCGUGGCUCGUGGCAUGCUGUGGCUUGUGGCUCAUGGCCAGUGGGCAGGCAGGAGCCCUCUUCUUUGCUCUCGUGUGAGGAGGAGGGCUGAGACCCCCCCUUUAAGUCAUCAUCCCAAGACCCCCUCCCCAGUCAUCCCAGUGAGCGUGGCUCAGCCUGGGAUGGGGGCUCCCAGGGAGUCAGCGCACGCUGUUGCCUGCAGGAGGGGACAGACCUGCCCGGUUUUUGGGAAGGAGGUACGAAGUCGGGACGGGCAGUGGAAAGGAUUAUGGGGAAGAGCAAGGAGCAGGCACCUCCUGUUCCCCCUGAAGCCUUUUGUGGUUCAAGUGUCCCGUCCAUAUCUCAUGCUGCUGCUGCUAAUGACCCCGUUAAUUGCCCUCUUUUUUUUUUCUGCCCUUGAGCGCUGGUGGGGCUCGUAGGGAGCAGAAGAAAGGGGGGGACGCACACGCUGCUGCCGUCCACUUUGGGAGUCUCAGCAAGCGACGCCUGGCGCUGUAAGACCUUCUCCAGCCGCUCCUGGGACUUUCCAGGCAGGAACCUGGAUGGGCAAGCAAGACACAAACAGCCCUCUACAUCAUCCUCCUCUUCCUCUUUCACUUCCCGGAGCUACCCCUGUGUUGCUGCCGGCGCCUGGAUUUGUCCCCCCUUCGGCUGAUGGCUGCUGGGCAGAGGGUGGCACAUGGACCUUUGAUUGUGAGGGCAAGACAGGAGCCCUGUUC